AUGUCUGUCUUCCUCAAUGACGUCAUAUCACAGACCUAUUACUACAGUUACUAUCAUUCCACGGACAGCUUCAGAGCCGAAUACAUGGCCCGGUACGGGAAACAGCCGUACGUCAUACCAUAUGUUCGCCAAAGGUGGGAAGCCGGAGCAGCGAUCACAGCACACCAGCACGCCGAAGGUCUGAGGCGACUCCAGGUCUACAGAACCUGGCUACUCGAACAGUGUUUUGGCGGCCAGAAACGCACUCUGAUGAUCCUACCAAUAGCCAACGUCGAGCCGAACUAUCGGGAUACGCCCGUCGAGUCCCCAAGCUAUCAGUCGGCAGUCGAUGAGCUCUUCGUCUCCCCAAUACUAGGAGCUCCUGACAUGGUGCUGCCUAGUGGCGAGGUAGCCUACCAAUCACGUACUAGCGGUCGCGAGGAGUUCCUUCCCGUCGCCGUUAAUGUCGUUGCGGCUCCCGGUGAGGACUUUUGCCUGCUCAAUGCGAUGAGGGAAGUUCACGUAAAGAGUGGCCGGGACUUGGAGGUCUGCACUGGUCCGAGAAUCACACCACAACGUGAGAGAAUGGGCAAAGACGACUUACGGUAA